GCCUGGGGCUGUGGGGACGUGGACCUUAUCAAGAGUGGAGGGCAGGGAAGAGGCGGAGGGAGGGGGAGUCAGGGGAGGGGCAAGUGACGCGGGGGAGCGGGGCGUGGGGGAGUGGGGCGUGGGGGAGGGCAGUGAUCCGGGUGGAGGAAAUUUGGGAGGAGUGUCCGGGGGGCAGCAACUUAAAAGGGGGAGGGAACUGCGGCUAAAGAGACGUUCGGUGAUGGGAGCGCAAUGUAUGAGGGGAUACCGUGCCUCAGGUUUAAAGGAGCAGGAAGCUGAGUGAGAGGUUGGAGAAAAAGUGCCUUCGCUAGGCGGAGGUUACAGGUGGUGUCUCAGAAAGAGCUCUUGAGGCUGCAGGCUGUAGUCGAGAAGAGGAUCAGAGAACUGUGGCAGGGACAGCUUGGGGGCUAGCGUCCUGGGGCGAGGGGGAAGUUCACGACUUUCUGAGGACUGGCAGGAAUGUGCCUCCUGGCCCUUAGUGCUUCCCCCCUGGGGGGAGGCAUCGUAAGGGACGGUGGCAGGCUCCUCUGAACGCUGAGCGGCCGAGGUCCAACUCCACGUAUGGAUCCAGGGAAUGAGAAUUCAGCCACAGAGGCUGCCGCGAUCAUAGACCUCGAUCCCGACUUCAAACCCCAGAGCCGUCCCCGCUCCUGCACCUGGCCCCUUCCCCGACCAGAGCUUGCUACCCAGCCGUCCGAGCCGCCCGAGGUGGAGCCAGGUCUGGGAGAAAAGGUACACACGGAGGGGCGCUCAGAGCCGAUCCUGUUGCCCUCCCGGCUCCCGGAGCCGGCAGGGGGCCCCCAGCCCGGGAUCCUGGGGGCCGUAACAGGUCCUCGGAAGGGAGGCUCCCGCCGGAAUGCCUGGGGAAAUCAGUCAUAUGCAGAACUCAUCAGCCAGGCCAUUGAAAGCGCCCCAGAGAAGCGACUGACACUCGCCCAGAUCUAUGAGUGGAUGGUCCGCACUGUGCCCUACUUCAAGGACAAGGGUGACAGCAACAGCUCAGCAGGAUGGAAGAACUCCAUCCGCCACAACCUGUCCCUGCACAGCAAGUUCAUCAAGGUUCACAACGAGGCUACUGGCAAGAGCUCUUGGUGGAUGCUGAACCCCGAGGGAGGCAAGAGUGGCAAGGCGCCUCGCCGCCGAGCAGCCUCCAUGGAUAGCAGCAGCAAGCUACUCCGGGGCCGCAGCAAGACCCCCAAGAAGAAAUCAGCUGUGAUGCCAGCCCCACCUGAAGGUGCCACUCCGACGAGCCCUGUUGGCCACUUUGCCAAGUGGUCAGGCAGCCCUUGCUCUCGAAACCGCGAGGAAGCUGAUGUGUGGACCACCUUCCGUCCACGAAGCAGUUCAAAUGCUAGCACUGUCAGCACCCGGCUCUCCCCCAGGAGGCCAGAGUCUGAGGUGCUGACGGAGGAGGAAAUACCAGCCUCAGUCAGCAGCUAUGCAGGGGGUGUGCCUCCCACCCUAAACGAAGAUCUAGAGCUGUUAGAUGGGCUCAACCUCACAUCUUCCCAUUCCCUGCUAUCUCGGAGUAGUCUCUCUGGCUUCUCUUUGCAGCAUCCUGGGGUUACGGGCCCCUUACACACCUACAGCACCUCCCUCUUCAGCUCAGCAGAGGGGCCCCUGUCAGCAGGAGAAGGAUGCUUCUCAAGCUCCCAGUCUCUGGAGGCCCUGCUCACUUCUGAUACGCCACCACCCCCUGCUGAUGUCCUCAUGACCCAAGUAGAUCCCAUUCUGUCUCAGGCUCCGACACUUCUGUUGCUGGGGGGAAUACCUUCCUCCAGCAAGCUAGCCACAGGAGUCGGCCUAUGUCCUAAGCCCCUAGAGGCUCCAGGCCCCAGCAGUCUGGUUCCUACCCUUUCGAUGAUGGCACCACCACCAGUCAUGGUGGGUGCUCCCAUCCCCAAGGGCCUGGCGACUCCUGUGCUCACACCCCCUACUGAAGCUGCAAGCCAAGACAGAAUGCCUCAGGAUCUAGAUCUUGAUAUGUAUAUGGAGAACCUGGAGUGUGACAUGGAUAACAUCAUCAGUGACCUCAUGGAUGGGGGCGAGGGACUGGACUUCAACUUCGAGCCAGAUCCCUGAGCCAUGGCUGGAAGCUUUGUCCCCUGCUUCAGAGGUGGAGCCAGGCAUGCCCAUAUCCACUCUUUACCCUUGACCCAUCCCCGGGAAUUUGGGACCCUACUUUAGAGCUAGGGUGGGGUCUACUCACACGGGUGUUAAGGAAAUUAUAAAGAUAAAGCUGCCCCAUAUGGGAACUAUGGGAGGAGGGAGAGGGGAGGGGGAAAGGGAGAGGGUUUAUUCUCACUGUGCCAAUUAGGGGGUAAGGCCCCCUCCCGGGAGCCAUCCUCGCCUCCCCUCAUUCCCACCCCUAGGUUUUGUAGCAGGGGCGAGCAGUGCUGUUGGAAAUGUGAAGUCACCAGUGGCCUUACCCCUGCCUUUGGGAGCAGGAUUUUUUGUAGAGUCUUAUCUGAGCUGGUCCAGGCUAGACUGAGCCUGGGAUUUUUAUGCAGUGGCCCCUUAGGCCAGUGGGGGGUGGGGGGGGGGGCUAGUGGAGACCUGGAAGGGCCAAGGUCUGAGCACUGGAGUGGCUCACCAGGCCAAAUCAUCCUUGGAAGGCUGCAGAUAACAGAAAGUCUUUUUAUAAACUUUUAAAGAAAUAUAAACACAAAUAUAGAGAUUUUUAACAGUGGCAAGGUACUAGUGAUGGGGAGAAUGCUUUUUUCUUUCUGAAGGCUUUGUCAUAGUGACAGGAUACAAACACUACAGACAUUACUUGGGGAAACAUGGAGAAGUCGGGGAGGGAACUCCAGGCUGACAGAGAGCAGCAGUGGGGAGGCGUACUGAGCAAGGGGAAGAGCCCCCAAGUGGACCAGGUCAGAACAAGGUCUGGUGGAAGUAGCUUGGAGUUUCCCUAAGGAGAAAGCUAAGCCAGGUCCCCUCAUUCUGUCACCUUGUGCCUGGCAGUGUGUGGUAUUGGGGUGCAGCCACACUCUUGCAUGACCCACUGUGAGUUAGUGCUAUGGUGGGAGAGUGCAUUGAAGACCUGGAAUUAGUUUGUGGCCUGGGAAGGGGAUGGGAGGGGAGAGAAGAGAAGGAGGGAAGGAUUUAGGGUGGUAAAGUUAGGCACAGAGACCUCCCUGUUCAAGGCCCCUGACAGCUGUCCCUGCCCUUCUUCCCCUUGCCUGACUACAGGGGUUAUGUGGAAGUGUGUGUGGCGGCAGACAGGGGGAGGGGCAAGACAGGGAAGGGGGAGCAGGAGAGCUUGGCUGAGGGUCUGGGAAAUGAGCAGGGAUGGAGGGGAAUGUGGAUCAGGUUUACUAGCACCUGCCAGGGAGGCCAUCUGGGGCUCCUUCUCCACCCUAGCCCCCAAAGCAGCCCCUCCCCCAGUCCCCUUUGCAUUGUCCCCUCCCCCGCCCCUGCUGUGGGUUCCCAUCAUUUCCUGUGUCAGCGCCUGGCCUACCCAGAUUGUAUCAUGUGCUAGAUUGGAGUGGGGAAGUGUGUCAAAUCAAUAAAUGAAUAAAUUCAAUAAAUGCCUAUAACCAGCC